AUGAAGACCGAAAUCGAAAUGGCUUGUAGAUUUUUGACGAAAAUCUUGAGAGGGAGUGCAAAGCUGUCAGAGAAGCAGAUAGAGGCUUUUCACAAGAAGACGAAGGAGAUUUUGUGUGCGAGAUACAAGCACCACUGGCAUCCGCAGAAUCCUUUGUUAGGAAGUGGGUUUCGCUGUAUUAGAAUCAACCAUUCCUUAGAUCCCGUUCUCGCUGAAGCAGCCCAAGCCUGUGGUCUUGUCAACAACGAUCUUGCUCUCCCCGAUGAGCUAACGCUUUGGAUCGACCCUAAAUCAGUGGCGUUUCGAAUUGGGGAAAACGGAUCAAUUUGCGACCUGGAUGAAUCAAUGAUUUCUCAAGAAAACAACACAAGCAAGCCCUCGCCAAAAGAAGCACUGAAUUCAAGGAAUCAAGAGAGAAGACCAGCCAAGAGAAAUAGCAUGAAUAUCCUUAAUUGCUCGAAGGAUGUGGUCAGUUUUCCAGUAUCGUCUUGUAUUCCAUGUUAG